CUGACGCUCUUCUCGCUCACGUGAACAGCGAUGGUCGCGGCAUAAAGAGCGGCCUGAAUACUUGUAGCUGCAACGAACUGCUGCAGUGCACCUGCGGAGUCAACUCCUUUUUGCAACAAGGAAAUGACGUGUCUGGAACGACAAGGGAGGAACGACUGGGCACCGGAAAAUUACGUGAUCGUGGAAACGAGGUUGUCGUGUUAGGCGCGCGCAAAGCGUCCAGCGGACCGUGCGGCCCUACAUGCAUGAUGGGUGUCAUUGGGGCUAGUCUGUUUGUGUUGAUCGUGAUUGUGGGGUCAUUUGUUAUGUGGCGAUACAGGAUGGCGGCGAAGGGCGCUCGACGGGAAUGCAAACACAGGGUGGACGAUGCGGCAAAUGGUAUUGGUAUUUUGCCGUCCGACUACAUCGAUCGCGGCGAUGGCCUCUUAAUCGGUCUGGACACCUUCACGGCGGCGAAUCGUCAUCUAUUGUUACCGAAGACAUGCCCGGUAAGAAAUCAUCUACCUCGCUCGGAAUAUCCGCCGAUACCAUUCACUAGAAAUGGAAAAGUUUAGCAUAAGAAUGAGAUAAACCUGAAAAUUAUGGACUCAUCCUUGCGCUGAAAAAUCUCGGUGUGAAAUUUGUAUAAUUUCAUCGGGGGAUUCCCGUGUCGUAAAAUCUCUAUUCCGUCUCACAAAAGGUACUUGUGAAGAAAAUAUCCGAUAAUAUUUCUUUAUCUAUCGUGAAAGCACGAUAAUUGGUACCCGCUUUCGUGUUUGCAACAGUGGAUAUUGAGUUCGCUGAAAUUAUAAUGGCUUUGAUCUACAAUAUAUUACUCCUGAAUAGACGUUAUCUGAGACACAGAGUCUGCAAAGUUGCGGAAACUUUCUUAUUACUUUAACGCCGGUGUUAUCUAGCCGCGGCAGACUUUCCAGCGAACGAUGCAAGAUAAAAAAAAAGGCGUUCUUUAAUAGUCCUCGAAUAGUAAUAUAAUUAUUCUGUAAGCUGCUUAUCUAGAUUAUCGCGCCACUGAGUUUCCCGAGUUAAUAAAUUAAUCUAGCAAUUCUCGCAGGUUUCCAAAUAUAUAACUCAAUAAGCGGCCGCUACUAAAAAAGAAGAAAUUAGAGAUUUCUACACAGAC